AUGCGAGACCAAUACAAAAAGAUUCAUGGCAAGCUUAUAUCCGAUUCGGAAGCGCCGACGAACUUCCAACGCCAGAAAAUCAUGGCCCUAUUACAAAUUGUGGAAACUACAAUGCAAGUUCCUGGAACUCGCUUUUCAAAUCUCGGUCCCACUAACAACGCCGCUGUCGAUCUUGCCCCUACUAACGAUGCCGCCGUCGACGACGAUAUCUUCAUCGAUAAAGAUGAUCCACCGUCACAAGGAACGUCUUUUCCGCAAAGUCCUUCACAAGCACCGCUCGACGACUUUUCGCCAUUUCCUACAAAGACAGCUUCGUUUAUGAAAUCCGAAAGGACACCGCUUGCGCCAGUGGAUGUCGGAAGAAGAUACCUUGGAAAAAGAAAAUAUCCGUAUACGUCGAAGUCUGACAAAGCUAGUGGAAGCAUUUGUCUCACCUUUUCACUUUUUCUCUCGAUUCGUUUUGAUUUAGCCAUCGAAGCUGUCCACAAAGCAACAGACGCCGUAAGGGAGCAACUUCAAGAGAUGAAAACACCCAUUGAUGAAUACUACCAUUUCGGUUGGUGUUUUUAUACAAUCAGUGGUGGUUAUGUACUCCACUCUCCUUCUUCAGAGAAUUAUGUAUCGCAAACUCUGAGGAGUUUGACAAAGGCAUUGGCUCACGAAAUGAUGGCACUGAUUGCUCAACUUUUCGCUUACGACGACAUCACCUUCAGCACUGCGAAGCCAGACCCCACCCAGCAAGGUGGAAUUGAUCUGCAUUAUGAAAUGACGGAGCCAGGCGGAAGCCAGAUGACGGAAGGCAAUCUUGAAUAUUCUGAGUAUGUUCAACCGAAAAAAGCACCCAACAGCCACAUCACAGUCCCUGAGUAUGCACUUAUGCUACUUCUUAGGCAAUUGCGGCUCAGUCUUUUCUUUGUCUGA